AUGCCGGAGAGGAAGAUAUCGCCGCCGAAUGCAAUUCAACUGCCCCACAGGUAUAUACCUAAUGAUGUCGUUCUCUCUAUUCUGUCCAAACUUUCUCUCAAAUCUUUCAAGCGAUUUCAAUCUGUAUGCAAAUCAUGGUCCCUUCUGUUUGAUGAUCCUUUUUGCAUGAAUCUGUAUCGCAAAUCAUUCUUAGAGAAGGACUCAACUUAUUAUGUUGAUAAAUCUCCCAUCUUGUAUAUGUUAGGUAACCAUUAUUGUCAUCGUUUAUAUUCUUUUUUCGGGGAGAGGUUUGAGAAUGUAGUCCUGUUAAAGUUGCCAAAGCCAUUUGAACAAAGUAAAUUUGAAAUUUUGGGUUCAACUGAUGUUAAUGGUAUUUUUUGUCUUCGUAUCCGUAAUUAUGGUGGUGAUGAAGUUAUAUUGUGGAACCCAACUACCAACGAAUUUAAGAAAGUUCCUUCAAGCCGUCAACCCAACUAUAAUGAGCAUGGUUUUUAUGAUCAUUGUCUAGUUGGUUAUGACCACGCUAAAAAUGACUUUAAGGUGGCUCAUAUCACGUUUCAUCAAUCAUCUAUCCCACAUGUUUCUUCUUGGGAGAUAUACAACCUUAAUAGUAACUCUUGGAAGAAAAUGGAUGGUCAAAUCUCUCCAUUUUAUUUGCACUAUAACACAGUGUAUAUGGAUGGAAUAUCUCAUUGGUGGAAUGGAGUUAAAUCAAAUCCAUUUUUAAUGUCAUUUGACUUUAGUACUGAAUCUUUCAUGAUGACGCACAUGCUUUCUUAUGGACAUUGCUUGUAUAAUUAA